CUGCACACCGCUGAUCGGUAUCACGAGUGUCACUCAGUGACUCAAUCUUCAUCACCACUGCCUGAACUUCAUUCUAAGCUCAAUAUCUGGAAACAAAAUACCGCCAAUGUACUAUUGUCACUGCCCGACAUUAUAGAAGAACCACCCUGAAUAUGAUAGCGAUCACCCCCUCCCUUGUAUGGUAUACUCGUGCUCAAUAAUUGCCCCCAUACUGCAAUGCAAUGAACCCUCAGUCGCCAACGUUUCGCAAAGACUAUCAGAGUAGCACCGUCAACUUAGCUUCUAUCUGGUAUAAAGAUCUGGUCUUGAGUCCCACUACGCCAUCACUUCUACAAUCACUACUGUCAUAUCCACCAAGGCACCUACCACUCUACCAAAACACUUGGUCUUCAAACUCUAUCCAAAUACUAUCGCAAUGCGUCUCCCCGGCUUCAUCACCACCUUGAUGAUCGGGUUGUUGAUCUACCUCGCAACAGCCAUGCUUCUCGGAGCCGACUCUGCCGUCGUCCCCACCCUGACCGGCCGGUCUACAUCCGAUUGCUCUCCAAGAACGAGUCAGCACGAAGGUGGCAUCUGUGGCUGUGAAGAGAAAAAUUGGGGAGGCUACUGUGCCCACUGGACGCCUCCAGAUCGCGAAUGCGUAUCCUUUUUUUCGGCGAAGGGCGGAAAUUCUUUUUCGACUCCUGGAACCCCGACAAUAACACAGUGUGCGAGAUGUUCCUGGACAAGUUUUGCUCGAGAAAGCAUAAGGUCAAUGCCCCCAAUGGGUACGGGCUUUGGAGGCACGACGAAGAUUCACAAACUCUGGCAUAUCCUCCAAGUAUAGCGAAGAGUUUCAGAUGCUGGGAGUGCAGUGCCGACCGGGAAAGUUUGUCAGAGUGUGGCGCGGAUCAUCUUGAGGGUACGGUCGAAAGUCCUUGACUCAUUGCUGCGAGCAGCCAUCGCAGUAUGAUGUAUGAUGAUUUUGGGAUCCAGACCUAUGCGGAGGCUCCACGUGGUGUUUGCAGACUUGGGCGUUUACAGGAUUCCAUAGUUGAGAACAUGUCCUUUCUGUGGCGAGAUAUUCCCUUCAACGAUGAUGGGACGUAUUUG